AUGGCCGAUAUCGAAAGCACCGCUGAUGGCGGUGCCCAAAUUCGUGCAGCGGCAACAAAGGACAUCGUGGAGAAACAAGAAGUUCUUGCGCAGGUCCCCAGCACGGAGAAGCCAGAUACCAGCGAUUUUCCUACUGCAGAAGAACUCAAUACGCUGCGCCGUGUCUCGGACAAGAUUCCCUGGAGCGUCCUCACGAUCGCGUUCGUAGAACUCUGCGAGCGCUUUAGCUAUUACGGUACUACCGCAGUCUUCACAAACUUCAUUCAGUGGCCUCUGCCAGAAGGCUCUACCACCGGGGCGAAUUAUGGCACCGGCCAGGCUGGUGCAAUGGGGUUUGGGCAGCGAGCAUCCACGGGCUUGACCACAUUCAACGCUUUCUGGCAAUAUACUAUGCCGCUUUUUGGGGCCUACAUAGCUGACUCUUACUUGGGCCGUUACCGCACAAUUUUCUGGGCACUGCUCGUUGGUAUUAUUGGUCAUAUAAUCUUGAUCGUCGCUGCUCUGCCCCCCGUCAUCAAGCACCCACCUGGGGCGAUGGCUGCAUUCAUUAUUGGAAUCAUUACGAUGGGCGUGGGCACUGGCGGUUUUAAGCCGAAUGUCAAUCCUCUAAUCGUCGAGCAACUGCCGGCCGAUUCAAUGCGGGUCAUCACGCUCAGCUCGGGUGAACGUGUCAUCGUCGAUCCGGCGAUCACAGCCUCGCGGGUUUACCACUACUUCUAUAUGUUUAUCAACAUCGGGGCUCUGAUAGGCCAAAUUGGCAUGGUCUACUGCGAGUACUACGUCGGCUUCUAUAUGUCGUUCUUGUUGCCCACGAUCAUGCUGUGUCUCUGCCCAAUGGUCAUGCUUUGGGGGAGGCGGCGGUAUCGACGGGUCCCACCUGAGGGAUCGGUGCUCGGGAAAGCCUUUAAAAUUUUUGUGUUUGCUAAUAGAGGCCGAUGGUCGCUGAACCCAAGGACGACCUAUCGCAACCUUCACGACGGCACAUUCUGGUCGAAGGUAAAGCCUUCAAACAUUGCUCCAGCCGACCGGCCAAAAUGGAUGACCUUUGACGAUGCUUGGGUCGAUGAGAUCAACAACAACCUUAUCUCCCAAGCGGCGACCAUGAGGCUCGGAGGAGUCCCUAACGAUGUCCUGACCAACCUGAACCCCUUCUCGCUCAUCAUCCUCAUUCCGCUCCUCGAUCUCUUCGGAUACCCUCUCCUGAGGAAACUUAAGAUCAAACUCACGCCUAUCAGAAAGAUCACAACCGGAUACUUCGCAGGCGCUUGCGCCAUGAUUUGGGCUGCCGUCAUCCAGGCGUACAUAUAUCGUCGAAGCGAGUGUGGAAACUAUGCUGGUCAGAACCUGCCUGGUAGCGAAGAGCGUUGCGCCAAUGUGGACAUCAGCGUUUGGGCGCAAGCCGGGUCUUAUAUUCUGAUCGCCUUCUCGGAAAUCAUGGCUUCCAUUACGAGCUUGGAAUACGCUCACUCAAAGGCACCGGCAAACAUGCGAAGCAUGGUGCAGGCAGUAGCGCUCUUCAUGAAUGCCGUGUCUUCGGCCAUUGGAUUCGCUCUGGUGUCUCUUGCUGAGGAUCCUCUCCUGGUUUGGAAUUACACUGUCGUCGCAAUCCUGGCUGCUAUCGGAGGCUCGCUCUUCUACAUCCAAUUCCGUAAGCUGGAUCAGGAGGAAGACCAACUCAACAUGUUGCCCAAGGGUCAUCUUGUUGUGAGCAAUGAUGAUGAGCAUGAGACUUUGCGAUCAGAAACAGCUGGCACAAAGGAAACGUCUUGA